UUGGACCCGGAAACAGCGCUUCUUACGUCACCACUUAACAACCAGCUGGAUAGUGACAGACAGUCACCGCUGCUGCAACAUGGUGAAAAUUACGGUUAUUAAGACCAAACCGUACACCGACCAAAAACCCGGGACCAGCGGUUUGAGAAAGAGGGUGACUGUAUUCCAGCAGAACCAGCAUUAUGCGGAGAAUUUUAUCCAGAGUAUCAUUUCCACCAUUGACUCUGCUCAGAGGCAGGAGGGUACCCUGGUAGUGGGAGGAGAUGGACGGUUCUUCAUGAAAGACGCUAUUCAGCUGAUCGUCCAGAUUGCUGCAGCUAAUGGGAUUGGCAGGCUGGUCAUUGGUCAGAAUGGGAUUAUGUCAACACCUGCUGUUUCCUGUGUGAUCCGAAAAAUCAAAGCCGUCGGGGGUAUCAUCCUGACAGCCAGUCACAACCCUGGUGGCCCCAAUGGAGACUUCGGCAUCAAGUUCAACAUUUCAAGUGGAGGUCCUGCACCAGAGGGCAUCACAGACAAAAUCUUUCAGAUUAGCAAGAGCCUCCAGGAAUAUCACAUCUGCCCUGAGCUCAAGGUGGACCUCUCAACCAUUGGCAAGCAGACCUUUGAGAUUGACACGUUCAAGCCCUUUACUGUUGAAAUUGUGGACUCAGUGGAAUCCUAUGCAGAGAUGCUGAGAGAUAUCUUUGAUUUUGCUGCUUUGAAAGAAUUGCUCUCAGGACCCAAUAGUAUCAAUAUUCGGCUUGAUGCAAUGCAUGGAGUUGUGGGUCCCUAUGUAAAGAAGAUUGUUUGUGAAGAACUUGGCUCGCCUGCUUACUCUGCUGUAAACUGUGUCCCCUCUGAGGACUUUGGGGGACACCAUCCCGACCCUAACUUAACAUAUGCUGCUGACCUGGUCAACACUAUGAAGGGAGGUGAAUAUGACUUUGGAGCAGCUUUUGAUGGUGAUGGUGAUCGUAACAUGGUUCUGGGUAAGCAUGGAUUCUUUGUAAACCCCUCAGACUCUGUGGCAGUCAUCAGUGCCAACUUUACAUCCAUUCCUUAUUUCCAGAAGACUGGCGUGAAGGGUCUGGCUCGCAGUAUGCCCACCAGCAGGGCUUUGGACAAUGUUGCCAAAGCUUUGAAGAUGCCACUUUAUGAGACUCACACAGGCUGGAAAUACUUUGGAAACUUGAUGGAUGCUGGCAAGUUAUCCCUCUGUGGUGAAGAAAGCUUUGGUACUGGUUCUGAUCACAUCCGGGAGAAGGAUGGUCUGUGGGCAGUUCUCGCAUGGCUUUCAAUCCUGGCCACUCGCAAGCAGAGCGUAGAGGACAUCAUGAAAGACCAUUGGCAGAAGUUUGGAAGGAACUUCUUCACAAGGUACGACUAUGAAGAGGUGGACUCAGAUGCUGCGAAUAAGAUGAUUGAGCACUUACAGACGACUAUGUUUGAUAAAGCCUUUGUAGGGCAGAAGUUCUCCUCAGGGGAUAAAACGUAUCAAGUGGACAAGGCUGAUAACUUUGAGUACACAGACCCUGUCGAUGGCAGUGUUUCAAAAGGACAGGGUUUGAGGAUCAUCUUCUCUGAUGGCUCACGUAUCAUCUUCCGUCUCAGCGGGACAGGCAGUGCUGGGGCAACCAUCAGGCUUUACAUUGACAGCUAUGAGAAAGACCCUCAGAAAAUUUAUCAGGACCCACAGGUCAUGCUGGCUCCUCUGGUGGACAUUGCCUUGAGGAUCUCUCAGCUACAGGAAAAGACGGGCCGCACUGCUCCAACUGUGAUCACAUAAUUAUUCUAGAGCCCAUAUUCACCUGAUACAGCCUAGACUAGCAGCACUGCCUUACUUUUAUCAUUAUUGACAUCCGUUUCAUACCCCAGUCAUUAUGUGUUCAAUGUGUCCUCAAGAAAGGGUCACAUUUCUAGUGUUCCACAUGCACAAUCAAAGAUCUAUAUCAGGGGUUGGCAACCUACCAACAGUGGCACACAGAGGGAUAAUAGCUGGCACGCGAGCAAUAGGGAAAACUGCAUACUGAUGUAUAUUUUGAGGUAAUAACUUCUCAUAGUCACACAGCCUGUUAGGAGCUAUAAAAAAACGAUUGAAGUGUGAGAAUUAACUUGUGCUAGUUUACGGAUGUGCGCGUGACCACUGCACAUUCUAGGCACUUCAGAUUAAAGCCUCUGCAGUCUAGAGCGUUCGUCAAUGUCAAGAUGACUGAAAUGGCAAAUCAAAUCAAAGUAGGCGGGGUUAACUGUUGACAGAAGCAGAGCGCGAAGCGUCAGUUUAACGUUAAAGAGAGCGAGGUAAGAUGAAGCUGCAAAUCAUUUAAUAUAAGUCUUUUAACUAUACGGUUUAUGAUAUGUAUUUUAAGUGAACUGUUUUUAUAUCCAGUGAUGCAAACUACUCGAUUUUUUUCUCAAAUAUUCAGUAUCAAUUAAUAAAAGCCGCAUGGAAGCGCUGACAAGA